AUGACUUCACCAAGCAGAUUAUUCCUUCUUCUACACAGACGACGUCAGCUCUGCGAGAUCAUCGCCACUUUCGGAGGAGCACGCGUGACAUUUUCUUCUUCUUCCAUUGAAGAAAAAAAGCGGAUAAAAUGGACGCAAAACCAAAGUUCACGAACGUUAAAGACGGACGCGUACGUGGCUGGGAACGGCGAUUUCUUCCGGCUCGGAAUACCAUUAGGGUCAUCAGCAUCGUCGUCUUCAAAGAGGACGUUCGUUCCUGUAGACAUACCAACGAAUGGAGGAGGGAAUAUCAAAUCGAUCGCAUCUGGUGGCGCACACUCGUUGGUGGUGACGAGCAAAGGCGAAGUGUUCGCCACGGGAUUGAACGAAUACGGCCAAUGCGGGAUUCGGAUUAUUAAUAAUGCUGAUGAUGAUAAAGGAGGAGAAAAUGGAGAAAGUAGUAAUAAUAACGCAAAAACGACGAUGAAUGACAUCGUGCGAGGAUGGACGAGAGUAGAGUUUAGAGACGCUACAUGUGACGGAAACGUCAACGUUGAAAUCGAAAAGGCGAUAUCCGGGCCGGCGAGUAGUCACUCGGUGUGCAUUGCGCGAGGCGGGAAGCGAGUGUUCGCGUUCGGGAAGAACGAUCGAGGGCAAUUAGGUGUCGGAGAUGCGUUUGACGGGAAGGAAAGAGAGGAAGGGACGCUCGUUGCUUUCGAUGAAUCAACAAGAACAGACGAAGAAAGAGAAGAAGACGUUGUCAUCGUAGACGGCGCGACGGGGAGAGAAUCGACCAUUCUCAUCAGCGCGAACGGGGACGCGUAUUACAGCGGAAAAAUUAAGACGGAUAAAGACGAACGGUUUUCGUUGAUUGCUACCGCGAUAGAGUUUUUCUUCCCGCAAAAAUCAUCGUCGUCAUCAACAACCAUCACCGCUACCGCGACAGAGUUACCGCAAACCAAUUCGUUUCGGAAAAUCCCGGGUUUACGAAACAUCGUCAACUGCUCGGUCACGGACGCCUGCGCGGCGUUUGUGGAUGCACACGGGAAAACGUUUACGAUUGGAACGACAUCCGGGAAAGUAUUAGGACGAGAAGUAGUAAAAGGAGGAGAAGAGAAUACAACCACCAAUGCGUUAGGCGCAAUCGAGGAUGUUUUACUGGAAAACGUUUCGUUAGGAUUCAAUUUCGCCGUCGCGGUCGCGAAAUCCAGCGGCGCUUUGUUCACCUGGGGAGCAGCAUUGGACGAUCAAGAAGCGGAUUCGAAAUACGGUUUAAAACCUCGAUUGGUUAAACACGAACCGCAGAACAUCAACGUCGCGUUCACCAAAGUCUCUUCCGGGUACAAGCACUGCGCCGCAAUCACGAGCGACGAUCGAUUGUUCACGUGGGGAUGGAGCGGUUCGGUAGGUCAGCACUUCGAGGACGAAGAGUCUUCCGCCGGGCAACUGGGAUUAGGGAACGAUUUCGAUUACCCGACGCCGACUGAAGUGAAAUGGAAGGAUCGAUCGACGAAGGUUUUAGACGUAAGAUGCGGGCAAAAUCAUACCAUCGUCCUCGCUUCGCGAGAAGAUUAG